CUACCUUGGGCUUGACAUUGAGCGAGAUGUGGAGAGGCGGUGGAUGCGAGUGCAUCAAAAGAAGUACUUGGAGGCCUUGGCUGCAAAUUUUGGGAAGAAUGAAGGUCAUGUGGCUACUCCUCUUCCCUCAGGGUUCAAGUGUGUGAAAGGACCAGCAGAGGAAAGUGUUGGUGAAGAGGAGAGGCGGCGUUUUCACUCCUUGAUCCAAGAACAAGAGCUCAAGAUUUCAAGCCCAAGGGACGCGGAUAAAUAUUAAAUAGUGAAAAUAGUAACGUUACUUCGUGUAGUGUUACAUUUCACUUGGUGUAGCCCCUUGGAGGGUUGGUUUCGAGACUCUUCAUGGUC